AUGGCGCACAUCGCAUACAAGGCGCCGUUAGUCGUUCCCGCACUCAAGCGCCACUCCGCUACAGUCAUUGUCGCCCAUGGUUUGGGAGACAGUGGAGCUGGCUGGAUAUUCCUGGCGGAGAACUGGCGGCGGAGAAGCAAGUUUGAAGAAGUCUCCUUCAUUUUCCCUAACGCUCCCAUGAUCCCCAUCACAUUAAACAUGGGCAUGCGCAUGCCCGGCUGGUACGAUAUCAAGUCCCUCAGCGACAUCUCCUCCCGCGAAGAAGACGAAGAAGGCAUCUUGCGUACCCGCGAUUACUUCCACUCCCUCAUCGACGCCGAGGUAGCCAAAGGCAUUCCCGCAAACCGGAUCGUAAUCGGCGGAUUCUCACAAGGCGGCGCCAUGGCCCUGAUAAGCGGUGUCACAUACAAGUCUCAGCUCGGCGGCAUAUUUGGUCUGAGCUGCUACCUGCUGUUGCAGAAGAAGAUGAAGGAUCUCAUUCCGAAGGAUAGCCCGAAUCAGAACACGCCCAUUUUCAUGGGCCAUGGGGAUGCGGAUCAGGUGGUUGCGCAUCGGUAUGGGAAGAUGAGUGCGGAUGCGUUGAAGGAGCUUGGAUAUAACGUGGACUUUAGAACAUACCAGGACCUGGUGCACUCGGCUGACCCAGAGGAGAUCGACCACCUUGAGGCCUAUCUCAAGCAGCAGAUACCCGCUCUAGGAGAGGAGAAGAAGUCUGAAGGUGCCCUCUGA